CUAACCGCAACCAUUCUUCUCCAUUAUAUAAGAAUGAAGAUCAUUGAAUGAAUCACACAAACAAUUAAGAAUCAAAGUUUACAUUUCUAACUAAACCCUAUACCAUGGUCCAAGAGAAGAAGCUAGUGGAUGAGGUUUCCGGUUGGCUUAGAAUCUACGACGAUGGCUCGGUGGACCGGACAUGGACCGGACCACCCGAUGUCAAUUUCAUGGUCGAACCGGUUGCUCCCCAUGAAGAAUUCAUCGACGGAGUUGCGACACGGGACGUGACCAUAAACACUACCAACAACGAUAAUUUCAUCCACCGCGCUCGGUUAUAUAUACCGGAGAAAACUCCAAAGGAUAAUGAGAAAUUGCCCAUACUCCUACACUAUCAUGGAGGUGGAUUUUGUAUUAGUGAACCGGAUUGGUUCUUGUACUACCAUGUUUACACUAAGAUCGUUAAGUCUACUCGGUCUAUAUGUGUCUCCCCGUUCCUCAGACAAGCCCCGGAGCAUCGUCUUCCCGCAGCUAUUGAUGACGGGUUUACAACACUCCGGUGGCUUCAAUCUGUGGCCAAGGGAGACGCACGUGAUCCGUGGCUUGAGAGACACGGAAACUUUGACAAAGUUUUUCUCAUAGGAGAUAGCUGCGGAGGAAAUAUAGUCCAUGAAGUAUCACUUAGGGCUAGUUCAGCUGACCUGAGACCAGUUCGACUCGCAGGUGCAAUUUCUAUUCAUCCUGGAUAUGUCCGGUCGGAGCGAAGCCGAUCCGAAAAUGAAAUGCCACAGUCACCAUUGCUAACAUUAGACAUGGUGGACAAGUUCUUGAGUUUAUCAUUACCAAAUGGGAGCAACAAGGAUCAUCCGAUCACAUGCCCGAUGGGCGAGGCGGCGCCGCCUCUUACCGGCUUCAAACUGCCGCCAUUUCUUCUAUGCAUAGCGGGAAAAGACUUGUUGAGAGAUACACAAAUGGAGUAUUACGAAGCCAUGAAGAAGGCCAAGAAAGAAGUGGACCUGUUUGUGAGCAAGGAGAUGACACACUGUUUCUAUCUCAACAAGAUUGCUGUGGAUAUGGACCACGCUGUGAAUGCUGAAAUGAAUGCACUUAUUGGUAGGGUUAUGGACUUUAUUGAGAAGCAUUAAAUUUAGGGUUGGUUUCUUAUGUGGUGUGGGUAGUUUGUUAUGUUUCCGUAUGAAUGUGUU